CAACUAACGUGCAACCGAGAAUCAACCUCCCCAAUCGCCCAUCGCGGUGUUCAACAGACACCCGAACACUCGCGGACCUAUACGUCCUCUUGUUGCAUCACACAACCAGGUCCUGGCUCUUCCAUUAUGCGGUUCUCCGCCGGCCUAACAGCGGCCGCCCUUUCUGGGUUGGCUGCCGCCGCGAGCCAGCAGAGCGCAGACGUCUACAUGUUCCCUUCAUCAUCACGAGCUUCGGCCGAAACACCCAGCAUCCCUAAAGAAGUCGCCCGCCACAUCAUGCUUCAGAGGACAUCCCGGCAACGAUACGGCAGCGACCUGCGCGACAUCCCCAGCUCCAUCGACAUCGAGACGGCCGUUGAGCACCUCACCACGUUCGGCAAGAGCCCGCUGCCGUUGUUUACUCACGCCGACAAGGCGGAUGCCUCACAACUCGUCAUCAUUCUCGAGGGUGCAGCCGCAGACCAAUCCAGCCGGUUGAGGGAGAAGUUGGGGCACAAUGUCGCAUUUACCAUCUCCGAUCCGCCUUCGGCAACCGCCAACAACCAGUUGAUGGCGCACUUUCAGAAUAUGGGUGUUGCAUCACCCGAGCAGUGCGAACUGCCAUUGGUGAUCAAUCCGUUCGAGACGGACUGCUGGACCGGCCCGUCUUCGGUCGUCAAGUACGACCUACGAACUUCCCCCAAGACGUACGACUCAUUGCUCGAAAAUCUCUCCCGACUCGAGAAGUUCGUCGCCGACGGCGACCUCGAGGUCCUGCUCGUUCUCCUCCCCGAAUCCAGUCGCUCGUCCAAGCUCAGCCAGUGGGGCGGCGCCGCCGUGGCCGGAACGGGCGCGAGCCUCCAGAGGCGCCGCGGCACCGAGAUGGUCCUGACGGACCACGAUAUCCAAAAGAGCACCCCGGCCGCAAAUGGGAUGCCCACGGCAGGCUCCUCCUCCUCCUCCAGCGCCGCCCGCCGCCCGGGGGCCAUUCCGAAAUGCUUCUCCACGCUCGAGGGCUGCAUCAAGGACACCAACUCGUGCUCGGGCCACGGCGAGUGCGUGAACAAGUACGGCACCGCAAACGGUACCGACGAGUCGCACAGCUGCUUCGUGUGCGCGUGCAAGGCGACCGUCGUCAAGGCCCCCGACGGCCGCGAGUCCAGCGGGCGCAAGACGGUGCGCUGGGGCGGCGAUAUGUGCCAGAAGGAGGAUAUCAGCGUGCAGUUCUGGCUCAUUGCCGGCUUCACUAUAACCAUUGUCGGCGCUGUAACCUUCGCGAUCGGCUUGUUGUUCAACGUGGGCGAGGAGAAGCUGCCGGGCGUCAUCGGCGCUGGGGUGAGCAGGUCUAAGUAACGUAGCAGGGUAGCGGAGGGGCCGGUUCUGGAAUGGGGGACGAUGCAAGGGCUGCUUUUCUAUAUAUAUUGCCGGUUUCAAAGGGUGCGGCAGCGAUCCUGCCCCGCCCGCGAGGCUCCUACAGUGUAUCAUAUUCAUGGCGUCGGUAUGGCAGAUCAGCGGGUGAGAG